AUGACGAAAGCCGAGCAGAAGAAGGCCGUGCAGUUCACCCGCAUGUGCAAGUUCUGGCAGACCAACGAGUGCAAAAUGGGGGCAGACUGCACGUUCGCACACGAAACGACAGAGUUGCGCCCCAGCCCGAAGCCGUGCUUUGACUUCGCGAAGAAAGGCGUCUGCACUCGGGGUGAUGCAUGUCGGUUUGUGCACCAGCUUGGGCCAAAGGCGAAGGUCAAGGUUCCUGAGAUGCCCAACGCAGCUUUCCCGAUGAUCCAGCCCUGCGUUCCAUCCCAGCUCCUCGCCGCCUACACGAUGCCGACGCAGAGUUUCGAAGCGCCCCAAAGGUUUGUCUUGAACUCUGCCGCAGCACCGUGGUUUCCACGGGAAUCGGAUGCCGUUUUGAACCAAUUCCCUCAAGCGCCGCCCGGGCUGGAUCAAAUCCCUUUGCCCGCGAGCCUCAUCCGUGGUGCCGUUUGCAUGGCAGACAACAGGGAUGAGGCAGAUUUAUGCUCCACACGCUCGGGUGAAUCCUUGCUCGGCUUGGAGCAGUUCCCCGUCUCCAUCUCCGGAGUGAAGAGCAUGGCGGCCGACGACAUGAUGUUUGCAACAGGGAGUUUGACGUCGACGAUGCUUGAGGAAUUCGGUCGACGGCGACUUGAUCUCGUGUGCGAGAAGAUCAGAGUGCCCUUAGUUGGUUUUGAACAUUGCCACUUCGCUCCAAGAGUUUGGAAAGCCAUGACGAAAGCCGAGCAGAAGAAGGCCGUGCAGUUCACCCGCAUGUGCAAGUUCUGGCGGACCAACGAGUGCAAAAUGGGGGCAGACUGCACGUUUGCACACGAAACGACAGAGUUGCGCCCCAGCCCGAAGCCGUGCUUUGACUUCGCGAAGAAAGGCGUCUGCACUCGGGGUGAUGCAUGUCGGUUUGUGCACCAGCUUGGGCCAAAGGCGAAGGUCAAGGUUCCUGAGAUGCCCAACGCAGCCUUCCAGAUGAUGCAGCCCUGCGUUCCAUCCCAGCUCCUCGCUGCCUACACGAUGCCAACGCAGAGCCUCGAAGCGCCCCAAAGGUUUGCCUUGAACUCUGCCGCAGCACCGUGGUUUCCGCGGACAUCGGAUGCCGUUUUGAACCACUUCCCUCAAGCACCACCCGGGCUGGAUCAAAUCCCUUUGCCCGCGAGCCUCAUCGGUGGUGCUGUUUGUAUGACGGAGAGCAAGGAUGAGGCAGACUUGUGUUCCACGAGCUCGGGUGAAUCCUCCUUGGGAUUGGAGCGGUUCCCCUUCUCCGGAAUGAAGAGCAUGGCGGCCGACAACAUGAUGUUUACAACAGGGAGUUUGACGUCGACGAUGAGCCUGAGCGCAGCGCCCUCGCAAUUCAGGGAGGCUUACGGUGUGGAAGACUAUGUCUGCUUGUCCGUGUGA